AUGGAGCAUGCGGCUUUUGACGACGGCGUAUAUGCAGGUUUGAAGAAGGUCUUUGUACGAGACGACGGAGUGAGCGUAACGUUUCUGAAGAUGCUGUAUGAAAGAGACAAUGGAGACAUCGUAGAAGUGAGACAUGGAGUUGACGGACCAGCGACCGAGUUUAAAUUUGAGUACCCGGAUGAAUACAUAACAUCGGUGGCGUGGACCAAGGGGAUAUACAAUUCCCUGAGGACGCUUGUCUUCAAAACUUCAGAAAGGAGAACCUCUCCUACCUUUGGUUUGCAGGGUCCGGAGGAGAUACCUAGAAAUGUCAAUGAAACUACAGCUCGACGUGGAGCAGCGGUUGUUGGAUUCAAGGGAAGAUUCAGUGAUGUACUACUGCAAAUCGAUACACACCUCGGUCCUCGUCCCCCGAGAAAGCUAGAAGCAGAAGGCGGGACUAAAUUAGGAGAGGAAUGGGAUGAUGGUAAGCACCAGAACGUGACGAAGAUACGAAUGGGACGCUGUCCGCGAGGGUUGGCUUUCAUACAAUUUCAUUACAAAGACGGCACGGACCUUGUACACGGAGCGGGUCAUGGGAUCAGUCGUGGAGCUCCAUUUGCUAUAGAAGAGUUUGAUAUCGAUCAAAACGAUCACAUCGUUGGCGUUGAAAUUUACAGCGAAAAAGUCAGGAAAGACGAAGAGGGCGGCGAAUUCAUUGCUGCUCUAUGUUUCAAUACACAGAAAGGAAAAAGUAGUGGGUUCUACGGAGCGCCGGCGAAAGGAAAAAAAAAGACCAUCUCUGGCCACAAAAUUGUAGGGUUUCACGGACGGUCGAGCAACAGAUGGUUAGUGUCUCUUGGAGUGAGAAUAGCCUACCCCCCUGCUCCGUAG